UUGACACCAGUGAUGAAAGUUGAAAAUGAAGGAGCGCUGAAGAGGAAGAAGAAAAGGAACUUGCUAGCUGGCUAACUACUUUAGCAGUCUUCUGGUUUUAGCGUUUUGAUAAUGGCGCCUUUAGACCUUGAUAAGUACGUUGAAAUAGCGAGACACUGCAAAUACCUCCCGGAAAACGAUCUAAAGAGAUUAUGUGACUAUGUUUGCGAUUUACUGCUGGAAGAAUCAAAUGUUCAGCCAGUCUCGACUCCAGUUACUGUUUGUGGAGAUAUUCAUGGUCAGUUUUAUGAUCUUUGUGAGCUCUUCCGAACUGGAGGCCAAGUUCCUGACACAAAUUACAUUUUCAUGGGAGACUUUGUAGACAGAGGAUAUUAUAGCUUGGAGACAUUUACACAUCUGCUAGCUUUAAAAGCAAAGUGGCCGGAUCGUAUCACACUUCUACGUGGAAACCACGAAAGCAGACAAAUAACACAAGUGUACGGCUUUUAUGAUGAGUGCCAAACAAAAUAUGGAAACGCAAAUGCCUGGCGGUAUUGCACCAAAGUGUUUGACAUGCUGACUGUGGCAGCUUUGAUAGAUGAGCAGGUCCUGUGUGUCCAUGGUGGCCUUUCACCUGACAUCAAGACAUUGGACCAGAUCCGCACCAUCGAACGCAACCAGGAAAUUCCCCACAAGGGGGCCUUCUGUGACCUUGUGUGGUCCGAUCCAGAGGAUGUGGACACUUGGGCUAUCAGUCCUCGAGGUGCAGGCUGGCUGUUCGGCUCCAAGGUUACUAAUGAGUUUGUGCACAUCAACAAUCUGAAGCUCAUCUGCCGUGCACAUCAGCUGGUUCAUGAAGGCUACAAGUUCAUGUUUGAUGAGAAGCUGGUGACCGUGUGGUCGGCGCCCAACUACUGCUACCGCUGCGGAAACAUAGCGUCCAUCAUGGUCUUCAAGGACGUCAACAGACGAGAGCCCAAGCUGUUCCGCGCCGUCCCCGACUCUGAGCGCGUCAUACCUCCCCGAACCACCACCCCUUACUUCCUCUGAUGACAGCCGGUUCUCUCUCCUCUCCACCCUCCGGAGAUAUCAACUCUCAAACUUAACAACAAAUGUUAAGAAAUUCUAGGACGUAACAUCCCUUUCAGGUGUGCAGCAUCUUGAGUAGCAAAGGGUUUCUUCCAAGGCUACAGUCUGUAUGUACCACACUCACUUUAGUUCUGUCGUAAAGGAAAAAACAUCCACUUCUACACCCAAUGAGAAAAUUAUACCUUUUAAAUGUCUUCAUAUUUUAAUGAUAAGAAAAUGUUGACUGGUUUAAUUUUGAUGUUAUGUAUCUCACUGAAGCAAAUAAAACGUUUAAACUGGCAGUAACUGCCAAUAAUACAUGUUCAAAUAAAGUGAAAUAUAUUUUAUCAGUCAUUGUAGCAGUUUGAUGCCUUUUGAAAAACUGGACUGAUUUCUGGAAUUAAGAAAUAAAGUGUUGUAAUGAUUGCUCCUGCUAAACACCUGAUCUCCACUUCAUAAUAAGCUGCUGAGCUACAGCAUUUUGCCUUAAAUGUCUAAUGUUAGAUGCUUUUUAAGCAUCAUUUUAAGAUAGUCUUUUAAAUUUGUUCUGACACACUUUUUUUAUGAUAAUGUGAUGAGUUGUUGCUGCUGCAACAGUGGCUUAUAUAAGCAAUAUUUACAUUUGAAGAAGUACAUUCUCUUAAAUACCCAGCUCAGUAGUUGUAUUUGUAGCAGAGAACAGUUUUACUUGACCUUUACCUGUUUUGUAAUUUAAAUAAAACAUUAAUUAAUUCUUGUGAAAAGUAGUCACUUUAAGCAGGAUGUAUCACAGAGAAGGUUGUGGUCAUGGUGGUCCUUAAACAAGCUGAUGUUGAAAGAAUAAAAUGUAUUCCAGAUGAA